AUGGUGUCCUGGCGGCGGAGGCCGGGUCCCGGCCUUGCGCGGCUGUGGGGCUUGUGCUGCCUGGUGCUGGGCUGCUGGCGGGGCGCGCUAGGCUGCCCCGCGUCCUGUCGCUGCAGUUCCUGGCGGAUCUGGUGCUCGGAGCCAGUGCCGGGCAUCGCCUCCUUCCCCGUGCCGCAGCAGAGCGCCGAGGAUGACAAUGUCACCGAGAUUUACAUCGCAAACCAGAGAAAAUUAGAAAGUAUCAAUGACAAUGAAGUUGGAUUUUACGUUGGACUUAAAAAUCUGACCGUGGUGGAUUCAGGCUUAAGAUUUGUGUCCCGUCAGGCAUUUGUGAAAAAUGCCAACCUACAAUACAUCAAUUUAUCUAGAAACAAGCUCUCAAGUUUGUCCAAGAAGCCUUUUCGCCAUCUGGGUUUGUCUGAUCUGAUACUGGUGGACAAUCCAUUCAAGUGUUCCUGUGAAAUUAUGUGGAUUAAGAAGUUUCAAGAGACCAAGUUUUACACAGAAGCUCAGGAUAUAUAUUGCGUAGAUGACAAUAACAAGCGGACAGCCUUGAUGGAUAUGAAGGUCCCAAACUGCGACUUACCCUCAGCAAACUUAAGCAAUUAUAACAUCACUGUGGUGGAAGGAAAGAGCAUCACACUGUACUGUGAUACAACCGGAGGGCCACCCCCUAAUGUGUCUUGGGUGCUCACUAAUCUUGUUUCAAACCAUGAGAGUGAUACAAGUAAGAAUCCUGCCUCGUUAACCAUAAAGAAUGUUUCAUCCAUGGACAGCGGACUGUGGAUUUCAUGUGUGGCGGAGAACAUUGUGGGAGAGGUCCAAACCUCUGCAGAACUGACGGUAUUCUUUGCACCAAAUAUCACAUUUAUUGAGUCUCCAACCCCGGACCACCACUGGUGCAUUCCAUUCACUGUGAAAGGGAACCCUAAGCCCACAUUGCAGUGGUUCUAUGAAGGAGCUGUAUUGAAUGAGUCUGAAUACAUCUGUACUAAAAUACAUGUUAUCAAUCAAAGUGAAUACCAUGGCUGCCUUCAGCUGGACAACCCAACCCACCUGAACAAUGGUGCUUAUACCUUACUGGCCAAGAAUGAGUAUGGAGAAGAUGAAAAGCGGGUUGAUGCUCAUUUCAUGUCGGUGCCUGGAGAUGGUAGUGGCCCAAUUGUGGAUCCAGACGUUUAUGAAUAUGAAACCACGCCUAAUGAUCUUGGAGACACCACAAAUAACAGUAAUCAAAUCACUUCUCCGGAUGUUUCCAACAAAGAGAAUGAAGAUAGCAUCACUGUGUAUGUUGUGGUGGGAAUUGCAGCACUGGUAUGCACUGGCUUAGUAAUAAUGCUCAUUAUUCUGAAGUUUGGAAGACACUCUAAGUUUGGGAUGAAAGUUCAUGGUGAAGUAAAAGGAGUUGGUCUGGUAGAUCAAAUAUGGCUUUCAUUGCAAGACUGCGACAUUGAAGGUCCUUCUUCAGUUAUCAGCAAUGACGACGAUUCAGCCAGUCCUCUCCAUCACAUCUCAAAUGGCAGUAACACUCCAUCCUCUUCUGAGGGAGGUCCUGAUGCGGUCAUCAUUGGGAUGACAAAGAUUCCUGUCAUUGAAAAUCCCCAGUACUUUGGAAUUACCAACAGUCAGCUCAAACCAGAUACUUUUGUUCAGCACAUCAAGCGCCACAAUAUUGUUCUUAAAAGAGAGCUGGGAGAAGGAGCCUUUGGAAAAGUGUUUCUGGCAGAAUGUUACAACCUCUGUCCCGAACAGGACAAGAUCUUGGUAGCAGUGAAGACUUUGAAGGAUGCCAGUGACAAUGCCCGCAAGGACUUUCACCGUGAGGCAGAGCUGCUGACUAACCUGCAACAUGAGCACAUCGUCAAGUUCUAUGGUGUCUGUGUCGAGGGUGAUCCACUCAUCAUGGUCUUUGAGUACAUGAAGCAUGGAGAUCUGAACAAAUUCCUCAGGGCACAUGGUCCAGACGCAGUACUGAUGGCAGAAGGCAACCGACCAGCUGAGCUGACGCAGUCCCAGAUGCUUCAUAUUGCCCAGCAGAUUGCAGCUGGUAUGGUUUACCUGGCAUCACAGCACUUCGUGCAUCGGGACCUUGCUACCCGGAAUUGCCUGGUUGGUGAGAACCUACUGGUGAAGAUUGGGGAUUUUGGGAUGUCUAGAGAUGUGUAUAGCACAGACUACUACAGGGUUGGGGGUCACACCAUGCUCCCCAUUCGCUGGAUGCCUCCAGAAAGUAUUAUGUACAGGAAGUUCACCACUGAAAGUGAUGUCUGGAGCCUGGGAGUUGUAUUAUGGGAAAUCUUUACCUAUGGCAAACAGCCAUGGUACCAGCUCUCAAACAAUGAGGUGAUUGAGUGCAUCACUCAGGGCCGAGUUCUUCAGCGACCUCGCACGUGCCCCAAAGAAGUGUAUGACUUGAUGCUGGGAUGUUGGCAACGGGAACCUCACAUGAGGCUCAACAUCAGAGAAAUCCAUUCCCUCCUUCAGAACUUGGCCAAGGCAUCUCCAGUCUACCUGGAUAUUUUAGGCUAA